AUGAACUGCUUAUGUAAGGAUACCUUAUUCUAUUCUAGUAACUCAAAGUUGCAAUCAAGGAGAAGUUGAUAUUAGCGGCGAUUGUAUACCUUGCUCAUCAAAUUGCAUAAUUUGUACAAUUCCUUAUACGUGUGAUACUUGUAAGACAGCAUAUUAUGUUACACCUAUAAAGCAAUGCAGUAGUUGUUCAUCUAAUUGCGAAGUUUGUAGUGGUGGAAGUGGACUUUUCUGCUCAAGUUGUUUUCCUAAGUAUUAUAAAGCUACAUCGAGUUGUAAUUCAUGCCCCACUUACUGCGCAACUUGUACUAGUAAUUCUGUAUGUUAAACUUGUGUGGAUCAUUAUUUAAUUAUUGGGACUUUAUGCUAAGUUUGUGAUGCUUCUUGUAAAACUUGUUAAACUACUACUACUACUUGUACAUCAUGUGAUGCUGGCCAAUAUCUUUCUGGUUCAUCAUGUCUUCCUUGCACGUCACCUUGUUCAGAGUGCGUCAAUGCCUCAACUUCCUGCACAGCUUGCAUUGAUAGUAACAGAACAGCUGUCAAUUAUCAAUGUGUUUGCGCUGAUGAAUAUUAUACAGAUGGAUCAAAUUAAUGUUAGCCAUGUGCAGCACCAUGUUCAAAGUGUGAAAAUAAUGCUACUAAUUGUACAGAUUGUGUCACUACUUUUACAUUAAGUACUGCUAUACCAUAUAAAUGUGAUUGCUCCUUUGGCUAUUUUUAAGUUGAUUCUCAAACAUGUGAUGUAUGCGUAAGUCCAUGUGAAACUUGUGAAUUCAAUUAGAGUCACUGUUUAACUUGCUUGGAUCCAAAUUCAAUAGUCAAUAGUUCAUAUUAAUGUGUUUGUUAAUUAGGUUGGCUUUUAGAUGCUGAUGGUGUCACAUGCAAUUAAUGUUAAUUACCAUGUUNUCAUAAUGGCACUAAAAUUAGAUUUGACAUUAUUUUGGACUAAAUUUGUAGAUAAAUAUUAAUUUGUUAGAAUCCCACAAAAAUAUUAGUUAAAAUAUUAUUUUAUGCUUACUAUAAAAUUUAUUCCUUCAUUUGCCCAGAAAUAUAAAAUAAUAAUUAAAUAAUAAUCUAAUUUACAUAAAGUGAUUAAAAUUAAUUAAUAAUUAUCAAUACUUCAAAAUUCUAAUAAUGCUCACAAUCAUUUUAACACAAAAAUAAUAGGAAUUAGAAUGAAAUAGCUAUUGUUAUUUUCUUAAAAAUGUAGGUCGCUCAAGAAAAUAAUUGUUUAAUUUUUAAUAAUAUUAAAAAGGGAUAUUAAAAUAUUUAAUUAAUCAAUUGUAAAGUAUGA